AUUGGUUCAAAUUUGUUAUGAUGAUACUUUGCAAAAACCUCAACCGUCCACUUAGCGUCACCGGGAAAUUCAAUGUUAUGUAGGCCCAGGACAAGCUGACCAACAUGUCAACCAAUACUGGUAGAACAUAUAAUUUAAGGCAACGCAAGAAAGUGACGGGUCAAGUUCAAGAUCCACAAAAACACAGAAAAAGCAAGAUUCCAGUUUCAAAGAAAACCACCAAAGGACAAACAAAAACAACAGAAUCAGCAAAUUCAAAUCCCAACCAUAAAACUAAAGCUCGUGCUAUUCCUGACUUCAAGAAACUCCACCAGGAUUGGAAGGACAAAUUCAACAAGGGCAAAGCAGUCAAUAAGAAGACUUGUACAAAGAUACAAGCAUUUGAUCUGAGUAGACCAACAUCAAAGUCUAAAGGAAAUGUUGACAAGGAAGACAUCAGAUUGGACGAGCCUGAAGAAGAAGUAGUUGACGAUAGUGCCUUGCAGAGUAUACUAGAUGGAGUUGGCAUUGAGAUAUGCAAAACCCCAUCUGCCAAAGGAAGUGUUAGUAAAAAUACCAAAGCCAGUAGUUCCAGCUGUGUUCUUCGACCUCGUCAGCAUCAAGUUCAAGAAAUCAAGACCACAGAGUUUAGCGAACCAAAACCCAUCAUAAUCAAAGAAGUAGAAAAUGAUAAAGAAAAUAAACAGGAGUCAAAACCAACCAAGAAAAAGCAACCCAUGAAAGAUAUACAAAAAGAGUUUGAUAUUGAAUUUGAGACCGAUGCCAAUGCUCUCACCAGUAUCUUGAACCACACUGGAGUUAGUCAAGCAAGCAACAAUGUGAUUGGUAGACAGACAACAGCAGGAAUUUCAACAGCCAAUUACAGUGCACAUAGAUCCAAAAUGGCUCAUCUAAGGUCGUCCGUUUAUGAUCACCAGCCAGUUCGAAUGUCCAUCUAUGAUCGUAGUUGGACUAAAGCUAACCUACGAAAGCAAUUGCCCUCCAAACUUGACACACCCUCCCCACUGAAGCCAGUUUUGGCAACACCAGCAAGAGUUUUGCAGCAGAAAAACCAGAAUCAGAUAAUUGCAAAGACUCCAAGAACUGCCUCCCGUGUCAUUAACCCCAAGUUCAGCUCCGUGCUUUACACAGUAGAAACAUCUUGUAACUCACCUGCUUUGAGGACAUUAGUUAAUAAACCAACUCCUCAGAGGGUGGCCAACAAGGCUUCUGCAAGAAAGGUCCGCUGGGCAGAGGUGCUGAAAUCUCCUGAUGAAAACAGCAUAACAGAAGGAAGUGGACCGGAUAAAGUGGCAACUACUCUUCAAUUUGAUGAGGAGCAGACGUCAAUGACAGCAGUAAAACCUACUGAAGAUGAAAUAACAGAAACGUAUUUACAGAAAGUAAUUGAGCUAGAGCAACAACUUUUAAAGGAGAUUCAUAAUCUUCAAGUGAAGACUCAACCAAUCCAGGAAACUGUUACAUGUGAUUCAUCUAAACAUUUGACCAAUAAGGAAUCAGCUUCAGGGUUGACUACAGGAGAUGCUGAUUGUGCUUUGGAUUUAACCAAGAAUGGAAAACAAACAAAAGUGCUUUAUAACUCACCUAAUGUGAAUGAAAAUUUACCAGUUGAUCUUUCUAUUAAAACACCUGUAAAACAUGGGCUACAAAAUGAGCCUGAUAAAAUAUUCAAAACUCCAUUCCCAAGUGAUAGAUUACAGUCUGUCAUCCCACUGCAUCAAAAAACCCCAUUCUCUGCCAAAACUGAAAGAAUGGUAUCAGAAACAGAACACUGUGCCAUUCCUGAUCUACAUGCAGAGUUGAGUACUUUACACGCUGUUACCAAUUCUGUGGUUGAUCCUCUUUCGUUAACAUCUUGUGUGACACAUGCAUCAAGAUCUGUUAGUAGACCAUUAACAUGGGAGUCCAACACAUCUGAAGUUUUAGGUCUUCCAACUCCAGUGACAUCAAAGUUGUACAAUGGCACUAAUGCAGAAAUUAAUCGAACCAGAGAUCUGAUAACCUCAGAAGGCAGGACAAAGAAUCAUGUGAAUCAGUUGCUAUUGAGUUGUAAUGCAGUCUGUUCUAAGCAUGUCGCCCCAGUGAAUUCUUUCCAGCAUCCAGCCCUCCAAAGACAAUGUACACAGAGUAUUCAAGAACACAGUGUCUGCAAGGCAUUACAGUUUGAAUCGCCACAUAACCCAACAUCAUCAAAAUAUCACAAUAAGAGAUUUGAUACACAAAUUGAAGAAAAUACUGAAGUGGUAUCCGUUCCCAUGCCAUUAACGUCUCAGUCGUACGCUGUGCAAAACCAAACUCUUGGCUCUAAAGUUGCUACUAAUGAUAGUCUUUGUGGGCUUGAAGUAAAAGACCCUAGGCCUGCUGGUGAAGGCAGUUACGUUCAUCAUGAUGUUCGAACUUCAGCACUAUCAAGAGGCACGGAAAGCUCAAAAACUAUAUCGUCCACUUCUGAAGUUGAAGAUAAAUCAAUGCUACCUGUGUCUGCAUGGGGAGAGCCUUGUCAAACACUUGCAAAAAAACAAAUUUUGAAUCAAGAUUGUGAAACCCCUUCACUUAAUCUAGUGACACCUUUAGUCAAGCAUCGGAACAGGUUGUUGGGCCAGUCAAGCCUGAUAAGCCCGGUACCAAGAUACGUCCACAAACCAGGUUUUACACGAGUGAAUGAUGAUGUUCCAAAUCCGACAGAUCGGCAAAACAAGUCUUUGUCUGAUAGUGGUGCAGGUGUCGUGAGUGAAGCUUCUGAUAUAUCAAGUAAAACUGGGAAUCCUCUAACGCACUCGCAGAAACUUGAUCAUGUGAUGAGAAUGGCUUUGGACACAGGAGGAAAAUAUCAGGAAGUGAUGCUGAAUGAAGAGGUGGCUCUGUUCGCAUGUCGUCUGAUGAGUCGGUUCAGUCCUAAAGCUAAGGUUCCACAUGACUUCACAAAUCCUGUAGGAUCAACUUUACUUUAUGGGGAUGAUAUGCACUUCAUUCCAAUUGAUGAUUCGCCAAAAUUAAAAGCCCUACCCGUCCCUGGCUCAGCAUUCAUGGUUCUCAAGCACUGAUGAGAUGGUGAAUAUGCCUAUAUGCCUGAUGACAACCUCAGCACUCAAGAAAUACUAGAGGGCAGUAGUAACUGUUGAGCCCAAAUAUAAUCCAAUCAACUACUGUACUGUUGGAUCAGUAACAUUGAAUGACGACGGAAGCAUUGUAGCUGUGAAAGCAUAAUGCGCAAUGGUUAAAAACUUAUGCUACACAUUGGUAAAACCAAUGUGGCACAGUGGUAAUGCUUAUGGGGCGCAGUGGUAAAACUUAUGUGGCACAUUGGUAAGGCUUAUGUGGCAAGUGGUAAAAGCUUAUGUGGCACAGUGUAUAGGCU